AUGAUUUUCUUCUGGGUACUUGCAGUGCUUGAAUCGAUCGCAGAUAUCUUUACGAUUUUGUUUCCGGAAGCUUUAUUAUCUGAUAUCAUGAUUCUUGAAGUUAUUUUAUUAAUAUUAGCAUUCGUAUUAUCAGAAAUUAUCAUUAGCAAGUUUUAUCACACAGUCAAUUCUGACAAACCUAAUGACAGUUUGAGAAGAGAUGUAGAACUAUUAGAUUUGAACAAAGAAAAUGAAGAAUUCAUGUGGGAAGAUGCCAACAACAAAAAUUCAAAUACAAGACUUGUUUUUCUUAUCCUAAAUGACCCUGAUCAAGCAAUUAAGUUUGCAAAGUUUUGUUCCAUCAAUAGUGAAAAUAAAGAUCUCAAAGUCGAUUGUUUCAGAUACUUAGCAUUAAUGCAUAAGCUCGAUUCAGACAGUAUCCGUGAAAUCAUGGAAAUGACAUAUAAAGAAGUUUCUCUUUCAAAGAGACAACUCCUUUGCGAUCUUCAAUAUGAAGUCAUCUCAAUUAGGCACGAUUCUGAUAUUUUGGAACAAUUCAUAAACCAUUUAACAGAUAUAAUGAAUGAGUGUCGAGAAGUUUAUUUCAGGAUUAUUGAUAUGAUUUCAAUGGAUCAACCAGAUAACAUUGAAUUAGAAUUGAUUCAUUAUUAUCAAUUAUGCAAAAAAUUUGAGAAACAUGCUCAAGUUUAUUCCAUAAUCAUCCUUAAUUCAAGAAAAUUAGCACAUUCUUUGUCAUCAUUUUACACACAAUAUAAAGCAGAUGCAAAUCUCGCAAUGGCCUGGAGAUCUGCAGCUGAAUCCCCUGAAAUGGCAGAAGAUUCAAAUGGAAACUAUAAAUUCAGGAACAGCAAAAAGUUUUCAAGCAAGAGUUUUGAAGUUCAAGCCGCACAGAGUUUUUCUAAUCAAUUGCACUGUCAAAAGAUAAAAUCACUUGGUGUAAGAUCUUUCUUGUUUUUCUUGUUCAUUUUUAUUGCUGUUGUUUCAACAAUUUCAAUAUAUAGAAUUACCCCGUCAAAGUUUACAGUUAUUGCUCUUGGAUAUAGUGCCAAUAUUUCCCAAUCCAUGAAAUCUUUAUUAUUAAAUCCAGCAAAUACAAUUUUUAAUAUGUCAACAAGAGUUUUAUCAAAUUGCUCUUCAGAAUAUGCAGCGAAAAUGUCCAACAUUUCUGAUCUAAAGCAAAUAGAGAAUUUCCACACAUUUAUUUCCAACAUUUCCAAUCAAAUUUAUCAAUAUAAUCUUGCACAAAAUAAUAAAGAAAAUUUACUUAAAGUAUGGGCAUCGACAUCCGAUUAUUUAUUGAAGAAUUUGACACUUCAUGCCGCUGAAUCUUCAUUAGCAACAGUUUUUGAAUCAAUAACAAGUUGUAAAUGUUCAAAUACUUCCGUGAAAAUAAUUAAUGUCGCUUCUGAAUUAUACAAUUCAACGAUUUAUUCAAUAAGAGAUUUAUAUGAAGAGUUAUAUACAAAUUUGAAUAAAGUCGUUGACGAUUAUACUUUUAUAUAUCUAGUCUAUGCAAUAGUUGUCAUUACAAUUCUUGCUGUUUUAUUAAUCGUCAUCGGAUUUAUAUCAAUCACAAGAAGAAAUGUUGAAAGAAAAUACUUUUGGAGUUCAUUAAUUGAAAUAGAUUCAGUUUCAUUAUCAGAACUUCGAAAAAGAUUGUUAAAUGGAAGAGGAUUGAUGAAUGAAAUAAAGACAAACGAAGUAUCAAAAUUUGAAUUCGACAAUAUGCUUGGAAGUGAUGAAAUAGAUGGUUCUGUCGACAGUAGUGAUAUACUUUCUGAAGCUGAUAUUUCAGUGUAUAAACCAAUAAAUGAAUUAGCAGCAUAUGAAAGACCUAUCAAUAGGAGUCGUAGAGUUAUUAAAUGGCUCAAUGGAACAGCUGCAUAUCUUGUUUUUUCUAUUUUAUUCUUUGCAAUUUUUGGUGCUUCCGUUGGUACUUAUGAAAGACCAAUUAAAUUCUAUUUCGAUAGGAUGAUUUAUUUUGAUAUGGUAACUUCCACAGUAGUACAAGCAGCUUCAAAAACUCAAGAAACUGUAAAUGAAGCAAUAUUAGACUUCACUAAUGUUGUUAUUUCCUCAGAAUCAACAGAAUCGAACACAGUUAAUGUCAGUAAUGAAUUUGUUGAAAAAAUAAUUAACAAUAACUUUUAUUAUAAUGAAUCAAAAAUUCAUCAAAAUGACAUUCAAAGACUUAAUGUAUUAUUAAAUCAAGGUAAAGAAUUGAUUCAUUAUAUUUAUGGCAACAUCACCGCAUUUUAUGAAUCAAACUAUUCCAAUAUUACAUUAUUAGAGCUGUCUUCCGAACUUGCUUAUAUAGAUUUAAACUACACUGUUGGAAACAUAAGUCUGGUAUUAGAAAAUAGGAUUAAUAAGUACAUAUUUCUAUAUAAGGUAUAUCUUAUUGGCAGCAGAGUUUCUUCUGCAGGGUUAUCUGUUUUAUUCAUCUUUUAUCUUGUUUUCAGACUAUUUUUAUAUCAUAUUGAAUUCAAUGGAUAUAAGAACAUGUUAUUGAUCAUCCCAACAACUUCAAAACAAGCUAUUACGAUGGCUAUUGAUUUAUUUAAUGGAAGCAGCAAAGAAUCAAAGUACAAUGAAGUUUCUUUGAGUCGUCAUAUAAUUAAACAGUCAUUGAAUAGUAUUUUGAUGGUUUCAAGUACGGGAAUUAUUCAAGAUAUGAACACAAGUGCAAUUUCUCUCCUUGAUUGUAAGAAAGAAGAUGUAAUUCAGCAAGAUAUCAGAAAUAUUCUUACUGAUGUUAAUGAAAAUGUUCCAUUGCAACUCACAUAUUCGCAAAUCUUUGAUAGAAUUGAUGAUGGAACAUUUGAUCUUACAUUGCUUUCUUCAUAUAAUAGUAUUCCUAAAUCGCCAAUUACAGAAAUUGAAAACAGUUUAAUGAUUAGAACCCCUAGAGGUGUAUUAAAACUAAUCAGUUGCAAAAUCUUGAAAAUAAGUAAUAUCAAGAUGUGGGGUGAUACAAUGUCUUAUGCAUUUAUACUAAGAGAUAUUACUGAGUACUCAAAGAAUGAAACGGAACUUAGAGAUGCACAAAACAGAGUUGAUAGCUUAUUGACAAAGAUUAUGCCAAAAGUUAUUGCAACAAGAUUGAUGUCGAAGACAGAAAGUGAAGAUAUUAUUAGUCAGGUUGAUAAAGCUGUGAUUAUUUUCAUUGGCAUCCAUGAUUUCAUUUCAUGGUGUUCAACAAGAGGUCAUGAAGAAAUCAUGCAGAUUUUGGAUGUUAUUUUCUCAAAGUUUGACAAGAAGAUUGCAAAAUAUCCAACUCUUGUUAAAAUUAAGAUGAUUAAUGGUGUAUAUAUGGCUGCCGCAGGUUUGUUCAAUGAAGUUUCCUCGAGAACACCUGUUCACGAGGCAGUUGAGUUCUGUUUGGACUGCGGAAAAUGGUGUAUGAAAAGGAUUGGAAAAGGCGGAAUGCCAAUUCAUUUGAAUAUUGGCGUCAACUAUGAUGGCCCAAUUAUUUCAGGUGUUCUGGGAAGAGAAAAGCCAUUCUUUGAUGUUUGGGGAGAUGCUGUGAAUGUAUCUGCAAGAUUGGAAACAUCUUCUUAUAUCGACACAAUUCAAAUGCUUCCUCAUACUUAUCAUGCUCUUCCUGAAGGAAUUUAUCCCGCAAGAGAACGUCAUGAUGUGUUUUUGAAAGGUAAAGGAACAACGAACACAUUUUAUAUUCCUAUUCCUGAUGCUGAUGAAAGCAACUUCCGUACAAUUCACUAA